CUUGUGUCAUGGAAUCUCCGAGUAUUUGGCUUGAUCCCGAGCGGAGAAUGAGAGGGGGAGGAGAGAGAUAGAGGCAGAGAUAGAGAAAGGAGGAGAGGGAAGAGGGAGAGACAGAGAGAGGAGGGAGAAAGGGAUCGAAGGAGGGAAGCUGGGGAUUUUUCUUGACUGCCCCCUUUCCUUCAAACAUUUUAUAGGCUUCGGGGAGAGAGAGGAGGAGGCGGCGUAGAGAGAGAAGAAAAAAAGACAAGAGUGAGAGGGGUAGAGAGCACGCCGUUUUCUCCCCGAGCUGCUGGAGGAGUCUGGAUUGUGUCCCCAGUGUCAGAUGAAAGGGCUCUGAGGCUCGCUGCCGCUGCCCCCGCGCACACCCCUCUGCGAGCCGGGCCGCCGCGCAUCUCUCCACUCCCGGGCCGCCAACUGCGCUCCGGGCGGCCGCACGGUCUCCGGCGCAAUGUGGCCACGCCUGGCCUUUUGUUGCUGGGGUCUGGCGCUCGUUUCAGGCUGGACGACCUUUCAGCAGAUGUCUCCGUCGCGCAAUUUCAGCUUCCGCCUUUUCCCCGAGGCCGCGCCCGGGGGUCCCGGGCGGCUGCCCACGCCGCCCGCGCCGGACGAGGACGCGGCGGAGAGCAAAGUGGAGCGGCUGGGCCAGGCGUUCCGGCGGCGCGUGCGGCGGCUGCGGGAGCUCAGCGAGCGCCUGGAGCUGGUCUUCCUGGUGGACGAGUCGUCCAGCGUGGGCCAAGCCAACUUCCUCAGCGAGCUCAAGUUCGUUCGCAAGCUGCUGUCCGACUUCCCAGUGGUGCCCACUGCCACACGCGUGGCCAUCGUGACCUUCUCGUCCAAGAACAACGUAGUGCCGCGCGUCGAUUAUAUCUCCUCCCGCCGCGCGCACCAGCACAAGUGCGCGCUUCUCAGCCGCGAGAUCCCCGCCAUCACCUACCGCGGCGGCGGCACCUACACCAAAGGCGCUUUCCAGCAAGCCUCGCAAAUUCUUCGUCAUUCUAGAGAAAACUCAACAAAAGUGAUAUUUCUCAUUACUGAUGGAUAUUCCAAUGGAGGAGAUCCUAGACCAAUUGCAGCAUUACUGCGGGAUUUUGGAGUGGAGAUCUUCACUUUUGGCAUAUGGCAAGGAAACAUUCGAGAACUGAAUGACAUGGCUUCCACCCCAAAGGAGGAGCACUGCUUCCUUCUCCACAGUUUUGCAGAAUUUGAGGCUUUAGCUCGCCGGGCACUGCAUGAAGAUCUGCCUUCUGGGAGCUUUAUUCAAGAGGACAUGUCCCAUUGCUCGUAUCUUUGUGAAGCCGGCAAAGACUGCUGUGACCGAAUGGCAAGCUGCAAAUGUGGGACGCACACAGGUCAAUUUGAGUGCAUCUGUGAGAAGGGGUAUUAUGGGAAAGGACUACAACAUGAAUGUACAGCUUGCCCAUCAGGGACAUACAAGCCUGAAGGCUCACCAGGAGGGAUCAGCACUUGCAUUCUGUGUCCUGAUGAAAAUCACACCUCUCCACCUGGAAGCACGACCCCUGAGGACUGUGUCUGCAAGGAGGGCUACCGGGCGUCCGGGCAGACCUGCGAAGUUGUCCACUGCCCUACCCUGAAGCCUCCUGAAAACGGCUACUUUAUCCAGAACACUUGCAACAACCACUUCAAUGCAGCCUGUGGGGUCCGAUGUCUCCCUGGAUUUGACCUCGUGGGAAGCAGCAUCCUCUUGUGUCUACCCAAUGGCAUGUGGUCUGGUUCAGAGAGUUCCUGCAGAGUGCGAACAUGCCCUCGGCUCCACCAGCCCAAACAUGGCCACAUCAGCUGUUCUACAGGGGAAAUGUCCUACAAGACAACAUGUCUGGUGACCUGUGAUGACGGGUACAGACUAGAAGGAAGUGCUAAGCUUACCUGUCAAGGAAACUCGCGGUGGGAUAAUCCGGAACCCCGGUGUGUGGAACAUCACUGCUCCACCUUUCAGAAGCCCAAAGGUGUCAUUGUGUCUCCCACCAACUGUGGCAAGCAGCCAGCCAAACCUGGGACUGUCUGUCAGUUAAGUUGCCGCCAGGGAUUCAUGUUAUCUGGAGCCAGAGAACUGAGGUGCACCACCUCUGGAAAAUGGAGUGCCAAAGUUCAGACAGCCAUCUGUAAGGAUGUGGAGGCUCCUCAAAUCAACUGUCCAAGGGACAUAGAGGCUAAGACUCAGGAACAGCAAGACUCCGCUAAUAUUACCUGGCAGAUCCCAACAGCCAGAGACAACUCUGGUGAAAAGGUGUCAAUCCAUGUCCAUCCAGCUUUUUCCCCACCUUACCUUUUCCCAAUUGGAGAUGUUGCUGUCACGUACACGGCAACUGACCUGUCCAGCAACCAAGCCAGCUGUACUUUCCAUAUCAGGGUUAUUGAUGUAGAGCCACCUGCCAUAGACUGGUGCAGAUCCCCACCUCCAAUCCAAGUCUCCGAAAAAGAGUAUGCUGCAACCUGGGAUGAGCCUCAGUUCUCAGACAAUUCAGGGGCCGUACUGGUCAUCACCAGAAGUCAUUCACCAGGAGACCUUUUCCCUCACGGGGAGACUGUAGUGCAGUAUAUAGCCACUGACCCAUCGGGCAAUAACAGAACAUGUGACAUCCACAUUGUCAUAAAAGGUUCUCCUUGUGAAGUUCCGUUCGCACCAGUAAAUGGGGAUUUUAUAUGUACUCAAGAUAGUGCUGGGGUUAACUGUACGUUAAGUUGCUUGGAGGGCUAUGAUUUCACAGAAGGGUCUACUGAGAAGUAUUACUGUGCUUAUGAAGAUGGUAUCUGGAAACCUCCAUAUUCCACUGAAUGGCCAGACUGUGCUAUAAAACGUUUUGCAAAUCAUGGGUUCAAGUCCUUUGAGAUGCUUUACAAAGCAACUCGCUGUGAUGAUACGGAUCUGCUGAAGAAGUUUUCUGAAGCUUUUGAGACUACCCUGGGGAAAAUGGUCCCAUCAUUUUGUAAUGAUGCCGAAGACAUUGACUGCAGACUGGAGGACCUGACCAAAAAAUAUUGCCUAGAAUAUAAUUAUGACUAUGAAAAUGGCUUUGCAAUUGGGCCAGGCGGUUGGGGUGCAGCUAAUAGGCUGGAUUACUCUUACGAUGACUUUGUGGAUGUCAUGCAAGAAACGCCCACGGGCACCAGCAAAGCCAGACCUUCACGGAUCAAAAGAGGUGCCCCAAUAUCUGACUACAAAAUUAAGUUAAUUUUUAACAUUACAGCUAGUGUGCCAUUACCUGAUGAAAGAAAUGAUACCCUUGAAUUGGAAAACCAGCAGCGACUCAUUAAGACAUUGGAAACUAUCACAAAUCGACUGAAAAGGACCCUGGAUGAGGAGCCCAUGUAUUCUUUUCAACUUGCCUCUGAAAUCCUUGUAGCCGAUAUCAAUUCAUUAGAAACAGAAAAGGCUUUCCUCUUCUGCAGACCAGGCUCGGUGCUGAGAGGGCGUAUGUGUGUGAAUUGCCCCUUGGGAACCUAUUAUUCUCUGGAGCACUCUGUCUGUGAAAGCUGUGGGAUAGGAUCCUAUCAGGAUGAAGAAGGGCAGCUUGAGUGCAAACUCUGUCCGGCUGGGACGUACACCAAAUAUCUCCAUUCGAGAACCAUCUCCGAAUGUAAAGCUCAGUGUCAGCAAGGUACCUACUCAUCAAAUGGACUUGAGACUUGUGAAUCGUGUCCUCUGGGCACUUACCAGCCAGCAUUUGGUUCCCGGAGCUGCCUCUUAUGUCCAGAAAACACUUCGACCGUGAAAAGAGGAGCUGUGGACAUUUCUGCCUGUGGAGUAUCUUGUCCAGUGGGAGAAUUCUCUCGUUCUGGGUUAAUGCCCUGUUAUCCAUGUCCUCGCGACUACUACCAACCCGAUCCAGGGAAGUCCUUCUGCUUAUCUUGUCCGUUUUAUGGAACUACAACCAUCACUGGUGCUAGAUCCAUCACAGAUUGUUCAACUUUUAGUUCAACGUUCUCUGCAGCAGAGGAGAGUAUAGUACCACGUGUCUCUCCUGGACACAUCAAAAAGAAGCAUGAAAUCAGCAGCCAGGUUUUCCACGAAUGCUUCUUAAACCCUUGCCACAAUGGUGGAACCUGCCAACAACUUGGGCUUGGUUAUGUUUGCCUCUGUCCACCUGGAUAUACAGGCUUAAAGUGUGAAAUAGAAAUUGACGAAUGCAGCUCACUGCCGUGCCUCAACAAUGGAGUUUGUAAAGACCAUGUUGGGGAAUUCAUUUGUGAGUGCCCUUCUGGUUACACGGGUCAACUAUGUGAAGAAAAUAUAAAUGAAUGUAGCUCUAGUCCUUGUUUAAAUAAAGGAACCUGCGUUGAUGGUUUGGCCGGCUAUCACUGCGUGUGUAUAAAAGGAUUCAUAGGACUGCACUGUGAAAUAGAAGUCAAUGAAUGUCAGCCAAGUCCGUGCUUAAAUAAUGCAGUCUGUGAAGACCAGGUUGGAGGGUUCUUGUGCAAAUGCCCACCUGGAUUUUUGGGUACCCGAUGUGAAAAAAACGUGGAUGAAUGUCUCAGUCAACCGUGCAAAAAUGGAGCUACCUGUAAAGAUGGUAUCAAUAGCUUCAGGUGCCAUUGUGCCCCAGGCUUCACAGGGCCACACUGUGAAUCGAACAUAAACGAAUGUCAGUCUAACCCAUGUAGAAACCAGGCCACCUGUGUGGAUGAAUUAAACUCAUACAGUUGCAAGUGUCGGCCGGGAUUUUCAGGCAGUAGAUGUGAAACAGAACAGUCUACAGGUUUUAACCUGGAUUUUGAAGUUUCUGGAAUCUAUGGUUAUGUCAUGCUGGAUGGAGUGCUUCCAUCUCUCAGUGCUGUAACCUGUGCGUUCUGGAUGAAAUCUUCUGACAUCACCAACUAUGGAACGCCAAUCUCCUAUGCACUUGAAAAUGGCAGUGACAAUACCUUCCUCCUGACUGAUUAUAAUGGCUGGGUUCUUUAUGUGAAUGGCAAGGAAAGGAUAACAGACUGCCCCUCAGUGAAUGAUGGCAGGUGGCACCAUAUUGCAAUCACUUGGACAAGUGUUGGUGGAGCUUGGAAAGUAUAUAUCGAUGGGAAAUUAUCAGAUGGUGGCUCUGGCCUCUCUGCUGGCUCAGCCAUACCUGGUGGUGGUGCAUUAGUUCUUGGGCAAGAGCAAGACAAAAAAGGAGAGGGAUUCAACCCAGCAGAGUCUUUUGUGGGCACCAUAAGCCAGCUCAACCUCUGGGACUAUGUCCUGUCUCCACAGCAGGUGAAAUCACUGGCUACCUCAUGCCCAGAGGAACUCAAUAAAGGAAAUGUGUUAGCCUGGCCUGAUUUCCUCUUGGGAAUUGUGGGCAAAGUGAAGAUCGAUUCCAAGAGCAUAUUCUGUUCUGAUUGCCCGUCUUUAGAAGGAGCAGUACCUCACCUGCGAACUGCAUCAGCAGAUUUAAAGCCAGGCUCCAAAGUCAGUCUGUUCUGUGAUCCAGGCUUCCAGAUGGUUGGGAACCCUGUGCAGUCCUGUCUGAAUCAAGGACAAUGGACACAACCACUACCCCACUGUGAACGCAUUCGCUGUGGGGUGCCACCCCCUUUGGAGAAUGGUUUUUAUUCAGCUGAGGACUUCUACGCUGGCAGCACAGUGACCUACCAGUGCAGCAAUGGAUACUAUCUGUUGGGUGAUUCAAGGAUGUUCUGUACAGAUAACGGGAGCUGGAAUGGCAUCUCGCCAUCAUGCCUUGAUGUUGAUGAAUGUGCAGUUGGAUCAGAUUGUAGCGAGCACGCAUCCUGCCUGAAUACAGAUGGGUCCUACGUAUGCUCCUGUAUCCCACCAUAUACAGGAGAUGGUAAAACUUGUGCAGAACCUGUAAAAUGUAAGGCUCCAGGAAAUCCAGAAAAUGGCCACUCUUUUGGUGAGAUUUAUACUGUGGGUGCCGAAGUCACAUUUUCUUGCGAGGAAGGCCACCAGCUGAUGGGGGUAACCAGAAUCUUGUGUCUGGAAUCUGGAGAAUGGAAUCAUCCGAUGCCAUACUGUGAAGCUAUUUCUUGUGGUGAACCAGCUAUUCCAGAAAAUGGUGGCGUCAAUGGGUUAUCAUUUACCUAUGGCAGUAAAGUGACAUACAGGUGUGAUAAAGGAUAUACUCUGACUGGUGAUAAAGAAGCAUCCUGUCUUGCUAGCGGUUCUUGGAGUCAUUCACCUCCUGUGUGUGAAUUGGUGAAGUGUUCUAAUCCCGAAAAUAUAAAUAACGGAAAAUAUAUUUUGAGUGGGCUUACCUACCUUUCUACUGCAACAUAUUCAUGUGAGAAAGGAUACAGCUUGCAGGGCCCUUCAGUCAUUGAAUGCACGGCAUCAGGCAGCUGGGACCCAACGCCACCUGCCUGUCACCUUGUCUUCUGUGGAGAGCCGCCUGCCAUCAAAGAUGCUGUCACCACUGGGAGUAACUUUACUUUUGGGAACACUGUCACUUAUACUUGCAAGGAAGGCUAUACCCUUGCUGGUCCCGACACCAUCGAAUGCCUCGCCACUGGCAAAUGGAGUGGAAGUAACCAGCAGUGCCUAGCUGUCUCCUGUGAUGAGCCCCCCAACGUGGAGCACGCCUCUCCAGAGACUGCCCACCGGCUAUUUGGAGACAUUGCAUUCUAUUACUGUUCGGAUGGUUACAGCCUGGCAGACAACCCUCAGCUCCUCUGCAAUGCCCAGGGCAACUGGGUGCCCCCUGAGGGUCAGGCCAUGCCUCGCUGUAUAGCUCAUUUCUGUGAAAAACCCCCAUCUGUUUCCUAUAGCAUCUUGGAAUCUGUGAGCAAAGCAAAAUUUACAGCUGGCUCAGUUGUGAGCUUCAAGUGCAUGGAAGGUUUCGUGCUGAACACCUCAGCAAAGAUUGAAUGUAUGAGAGGUGGGCAGUGGAACCCCUCCCCCAUGUCCAUCCAGUGCAUCCCUGUGAGGUGUGGAGAGCCACCCAGCAUCAUGAAUGGCUAUGCAAGUGGGUCAAACUACAGUUUUGGGGCCAUGGUGGCUUAUAGCUGCAACAAGGGGUUCUACAUCAAAGGGGAGAAGAAGAGCACCUGCGAAGCCACAGGACAAUGGAGUAGCCCCAUACCCACAUGCCACCCUGUAUCUUGCAAUGAACCACCUAAGAUCGAGAAUGGCUUUCUGGAGCACACAACUGGCAGGAUCUUCGAGAGUGAAGUGAGGUUUCAGUGUAACCCAGGAUACAAAUCAGUUGGCAAUCCUGUAUUUGUCUGUCAAGCUAACCGCCAUUGGCACAGUGAAUCCCCUCUGUCAUGCGUCCCUCUCAACUGUGGAAAACCUCCCCCAAUUCAGAACGGCUACAUGAAAGGAGAAAACUUUGAAGUAGGAUCCAAGGUUCAGUUUUUCUGUAAUGAAGGUUAUGAGCUUAUUGGUGAUAGUUCUUGGACAUGCCAGAAAUCUGGCAAGUGGAAUAAGAAGCCAAAUCAAAAGUGUGUGCCUGCCAAAUGCCCAGAGCCACCCCUCUUGGAAAACCAGCUAGUAUUGAAGGAGUUGACCACAGAGGUAGGAGUAGUGACAUUUUCCUGUAAAGAAGGCCAUGCCCUUCAAGGCCCCUCUGUCCUGAAAUGCUUGCCAUCCCAGCAAUGGAAUGAUUCCUUUCCUGUUUGUAAGCUGGUCUUUUGCCUCCCGCCUCCACUGAUUUCCUUUGGUGUCCCUGCCCCUUCUUCUGCUCUUCAUUUUGGAAGUACUGUCAAGUAUUCUUGUGUGGAUGGUUUUUUCCUAAGAGGAGACCCUACCACCUUCUGCCAAGCUGAUGGCACCUGGAGCUCACCACUGCCAGAAUGUGUUCCGGUAGAAUGCCCUCAGCCUGAGGAAAUCGUCAAUGGCAUCAUCGAUGUGCAAGGUCUUGCCUAUCUCAGCACAGCUCUCUACACCUGUAAGCCAGGCUUCGAAUUGGUGGGAAACACUACCACCCUUUGUGGAGAAAAUGGUCACUGGCUUGGUGGAAGACCAACAUGUAAACCCAUUGAGUGUCCAAAGCCCAAGGAGAUUUUAAAUGGCAAGUUCUCUUACACAGAUCUCUACUAUGGGCAGACCAUUACUUAUUCCUGUGACCGAGGCUUCAGGCUCAAAGGUCCCAAAGCCUUGACCUGUUUAGAGACGGGUGAUUGGGAUAUGGAUGUCCCGUCUUGCAAUGCCAUACACUGUAAUCCUCCACAGCCCAUUGAAAAUGGUUUUGUAGAAGGUGCAGAUUACAGCUAUGGUGCCAUGAUCAUCUACAGUUGCUUUCCUGGGUUCCAGGUGGCUGGUCAUGCCAUGCAGACCUGUGAAGAGUCAGGAUGGUCAAGCUCCAUCCCAACAUGUGUACCCAUAGACUGUGGCCUCCCUCCUCACAUAGAUUUUGGAGACUGUAUUAAGGUCAAAGAUGGCCAGGGGUAUUUUGACCAAGAAGACGACAUAAUGCAAGUUCCAUAUCUGACACCUCACCCUCCUCAUCAUUUGAGAGCAAUGGCUAAAAUCUGGGAAAAUUCAAAGGAGUCUUCUACUACACAUUUGUCAAACUUUCUGUAUGGCACCAUAGUUUUAUAUACCUGUAAUCCAGGAUAUGAACUUUUGGGGACCCCUAUGCUGAUCUGCCAGGAAGAUGGAACUUGGAAUGGCAGUGCACCUUCCUGCAUUUCCAUUGAAUGUGACUUGCCUUUUGCACCUGAAAAUGGCUUUUUGCAUUUUACAGAGACUACCAUGGGUAGUGCAGUGCAGUAUAGCUGCAAACCUGGGCACCUUCUAGUGGGCUCCAACAUAAGACUCUGUCUACAGAAUAAAGAGUGGAGUGGUGCUUCCCCACACUGUGAAGCCAUUUCCUGCAAAAAACCAAACCCAAUCAUGAAUGGUUCUAUCAAAGGAAGCAACUACACAUACUUGAGCGUGUUGUACUAUGAAUGUAACCCUGGAUAUGUGCUAAAUGGCACCGAGAGGAGAACAUGCCAAGAAAAUAAAAAUUGGGAUGGCACUGAGCCAAUUUGCAUUCCUGUGGACUGUGGUUCACCCCCAAUCUCAGCCAAUGGCCAAGUGGUAGGAGACGUGUACACAUUCCAGAAAGAGGUUGAGUACACUUGCAAUGAAGGGUUCUUGCUUGAGGGAGCCAGGAGUCGUAUUUGUCUUGCCAGUGGAAGUUGGAGUGAAACCACUCCCAUCUGUGUGCCUAUCAAAUGUGCCACCCCACCACAGGUGGCAAAUGGAAUGAUGGAUGGCCUGGACUAUGACUUUGGGAAGGAGGUUGUGUUCCACUGUCAGGAGGGCUACGUGUUGCAUGGUGCUUCAAAACUCACCUGUCAAGCAGACGGUAACUGGGAUGCAGAGGUUCCUCUUUGUAAACCAGUCAACUGUGUAUCGCCUGAGGAUCUUUCCCAUGGCUUCCCUAAUGGUUUUUCUUUUUAUCAUGGGGGUCAUAUACAGUAUCAGUGCUUUCCUGGUUAUAAGCUCCAUGGGAGUCCUUCAAGAAGGUGUCUCUCCAAUGGUUCUUGGAGUGGCAGCACACCUUCCUGCCUGCCUUGCAAGUGUUCUAUACCAAUAAUUCAAAAUGGAGCUGUCAAUGGGUCAGAUUUUGGUUGUGGAAAGGCAGCCUGGAUUCAGUGCUUCAAAGGCUUCAAGCUCCUGGGACUUUCUGAAAUCACUUGUAUAGCCAAUGGCCAAUGGAGCACUGCCUUCCCACAUUGUGAACACAUUCCCUGUGGUUCUCCCCCAACAAUACCAAAUGCACUCAUCAGUGAAAGUGGCUCCUUGGAGAAAAAUGUGAUAACUUACAGCUGCACACCUGGGUAUGUUAUGCAAGGCAGUUCAAAUCUGAUCUGUACAGAGAAAGGGGCAUGGAGCCAGCCUUAUCCAGUCUGUGAGCCCCUGUCUUGUGGACCCCCACCCUCUGUCGCCAAUGCAGUGGCAACUGGAGAGACAUACACAUAUGAAAGUAAAGUGAAACUCAGAUGUCUAGAAGGUUAUGUGAUGGAUACAGAUAUCGAUACAUUCACCUGUCAGAAGGAUGGUCACUGGUUCCCUGAAAGAAUUUCCUGCAGUCUAAAAACAUGUGCUCUUCCAGCAAACAUAACACAUGUACUCAUUCACGGGGAUGAUUUCGGUGUGAAUAAGCAAAUUUCUGUGUCAUGUACUGAAGGGUAUACUUACAAGGGAGUUAAUAUAUCAACGUGUCAGCUUGAUGGCACCUGGGAGCCAGCGUUUUCUGAUGAAUCCUGCAGUCCAGUUUCUUGCGGGAAACCUGAAAGUCCAGAACAUGGACUUGUGGUUGGCAGUAAAUAUAGCUUUGAAAGCACAAUUAUUUAUCAGUGUGAAGCUGGCUAUGAGUUAGAGGGGAACAGGGAACGUGUCUGUCAGGAGAACAGACAGUGGAGUGGAGGGGUAGCAACGUGCAAAAAGACUGGUUGUGACGCCCCACUUGAGUUCCUGAAUGGAAAGGCUGAAGUUGAAAACACUACAGGUGGACUCAGUGUGGCAUAUUCCUGCAACAGAGGCUACAGCCUAGAAGGGACACCUGAGGCGCACUGCACUGAAAAUGGAACCUGGAGUCACCCAGUUCCUCUCUGCAAACCAAAUCCAUGCCCUGUCCCUUUUGUGAUCCCGGAGAAUGCUCUACUAUCCGAAAAGGAAUUUUAUGUUGAUCAGAACGUGUCUAUCAAGUGUAGGGAAGGCUUCCAGCUCCAAGGCCAAGGCACCAUUACCUGCAACCCCGAUGAGACGUGGACACAGACGCAUGCCAAAUGUGAGAAAAUCUCUUGUGGUCCACCAGCUCAAGUAGAAAAUGCAAUUGCUCGAGGAGUACAUUAUCAGUAUGGAGACAUGAUCACCUACUCAUGUUACAGUGGAUACAUGUUGGAAGGUUCCCUAAGGAGCGUUUGCCUUGAAAACGGAACCUGGACAUCACCUCCUAUUUGCAGGGCUGUCUGUCGAUUCCCAUGUCAGAAUGGAGGUAUCUGCCAACGCCCAAAUGCUUGUUCCUGUCCAGAUGGCUGGAUGGGACGCCUCUGUGAAGAGCCAAUAUGCAUUCUUCCCUGUCUGAACGGCGGUCGCUGUGUGGCCCCUUAUCAGUGCAAUUGCCCCCCUGGCUGGACUGGGUCCCGCUGUCAUACAGCCGUUUGCCAGUCUCCCUGCUUAAAUGGUGGAAAAUGCGUAAGACCAAACCGAUGUCAUUGCCUCUCGACUUGGACAGGACAUGACUGUUCCAGGAAAAGGAGGACUGGGUUUUAACCAUUGCACAACCAACUGGCUCUCCCCAAAGCAGGAUCAUCUCUUCCUGGUAGUGCCUGGGCACCCUGGAACUCACAGAAGGAAAGUCUGACAUGGUGCUGGGUCUUGUUUUAUUUAGUAAACUUGUUAUUUUUGGUUUACUUUUUAAUUUUGUGAUAUAUUUUGUUAUUCUUUGUGACAUAUUUUUACAUGUUUCCAUUUUUAAAUAUGCCUGUAUUUUCUAUAUUAAAAAAUAUAUGAAAUAGAUGCUGCUCCACCUUCACAAAAUGUACAUACUCUGCCGUCUGUUGGGAAAGUUCCUGGCACACAUUUUUAUUCAGUUACUUAAAAUGAUUUUCCAAUUAAAAUAUAUUUUGCUAUUAAAUAA